AAGAGCCAUGAACAAGGAUCUUCUAGAAAGGCGCCAUCAGCUGAAGAUGCUCUCAAAUGCUACAAUUGUGGAAAGGCUGGACAUGUCAUCAAAGACUGUCGCCUCCCAAAGAAGAAAGAUGCUAAUUUCUACAAGCAGAAGAUGCUGUGGAAUAAGCAGAAAAUGCUGAUGGUGCAGAAAGAAGAAGAAACUUCUGCAAUGAUUGCUGAGAAUGAGAACUGGGCAGAAGAUUCUUCUGAUGAGGAGGAGGAAGAAGAAAACUAUGCCCUGAUGGCGCGAGUGGAGGAAGAUGAAAGAAAGGGUGAUGCCCUGAUGCUCAACAAGCUCUGAAAUGAAGUGAAGAAGGAAGGAGAAGAGAAGAAUGAGUGGAGGAAAAAGAGGAAGGAAAUCGCAGAAGGCAAAAAGAAAGUUUUUGAGAAUAGUGCCAGUCCUAGAUCUAGUUCUAUUUUUUACUCUAAAGUUAAUUGUAAUUCUGUCUCUUCAAAACAAACUUCUAGUAGUUCAGUCUUGAGUCCCAAGCUGAAUAUUUCUGAGACAUCUUCUAGACAUCGUUCUAUUCAUAAUACAAGUAUUGC